CCCCCAGCAGCAGCAGCAGCAGCAGCAGCAGCAGCAGCAUCGGCGGAGGGGAAUCGAUCGAGCGGCUCGGAGGGGCUGCAUUGCAGACCCAGCUGCAGCAGCAGACAAAAGGCAGCCGGCGACCUUCCUCCCUCCCUUCCUUCCUUCCCUCCCUCCCUUCCGAGAGCCCCGGCAGGCAACCAGCCCACCCCGAGCCAUCCUCCGCAGGCUGAAGAUGCUGGACACCAUCAGCAGCCAGUACGACUCCUUCAUCUACUGGAGGAUGCCCAUCCCCAGGCUGGACGUGGCAGAGCUGGAGGGGCUGGGGCUCGGCGACCUGGCCCUCUACAAACCCAAAGGGGGGCUGAGCAAGCUGGCUGGAGAGCAGGAUGGGGCCAGCCAGGAGCCCUCCCAGGAAGAGGACAAUCUGCUGCAGUUCAGCAGCUUUAACUUCUGGAGAGCUCCCAUCGCCAGCAUCAGCUCCCUGGAUUUCGACCUCCUCUGAGGGCCUCCCCUCCUGCCCCCUCCUCGCCGCCCCCCUCCUGCCCCUCUCCCUCCUCUCGGCUUUGGUUUUGUUGCUGGUUUGGCUGCGGGG